ACCAGAUGGCAGUUUAACUAGCGUCGGCCGUUGUCUUGGUUAGCCUGUCUAUUGUAUACUUAACAUUGUGUAACUGUCUUCCAAGUAUCAACACACCCUUCACAUAUGGCUCCUAGAACAAAAAUAUUUGUUGGACGUUUACCUGAUAACUGUGACUCAUCAGAGCUUCAGUUGCUGUUUGAAAAAUAUGGAAGUGUAACAGAAUGUGAUGUAAUAAAGAAAUAUGGAUUUGUGCACAUGAGUUCACCAGAAGAAGCUGAAACAGCCAUAAAAGAAUUGAAUAAUUAUAAUUUAAGAGGAUCAACCAUAAGUGUUGAGCCUUCCACAAGCAAGCUGCAUCUAGAGCCUGGUGCCCCUGGGCGAGCCAAGACUGAAGGAUCCACGUGGUAUGGAAGAUCAAGAAAUGGUUAUGUACCAAGAGAUUAUUAUAUGGACAGAUACUAUGAAGAUUACAGACAAGAUUCUUACUAUCGACCUCGGCCCUAUUCAUCUUUGUAUGACAGGCGUCCACCACCGCCACCACCACCACCACCUCAUAUUCCAUACAGAGAUGACCUCUAUAGAGACUAUAGAGAUGAGUCGCAGUGGAGUUCACUGACUUCAUCUCGAGAUAGCUCAUACAGAAGAUCUUUGCCACCGCCACCUCCUAGGGAUGAUCCAUAUCCUAGAAGGAUACCACCUCCUCCACCUCUUGAUGAUGAUGAUAUGUAUGAUGGCCGUGAGUCAUCAGAUUAUCUUUAUUCAAGACGUUCCCCUACAGCCAUGUUUUCAUCUACUUACAGGUCCUCAAGUAUUUGGUGAGAGAAGAUAUUGAAAACAUUUACUGCAAAAAAGUGUCACCGCCUCAACUUCCAUUAUGAAGAUUCUUCAUUUCAAAAUGUAUGCUGACCAUGUUGUCUUGUCAUAUUGGGUAUUGAAAAUUGCUGUAGAAGCAACCCAUCUCUGUGUCAACAACCUAAAUAUCAGGAUUAGUUGUAUUUUUUGAUGAAAUGUUACCUAUUUUGCAUUUAAAAUAUAUUUCAAUUUCACCACUAGGCACUUUAAUUAGGAAAUUAUGACAAUAAUUAACUCUUACUGUACAAAAGCGUUCUAUUAGAAACUGUUAUUGUUUCUCAUAAUCAAGUACUGUACUUGUAGCCUGUUAUUUUUUCUAUAAACAACUUUGUUUUAUUGUUGUGUUUAUGUAGAGUAUGACUUUUUGGUAUUGCAUUUUUUUUUUCCCCAAUUAUGCCCUAUUUUUGUAUAUGAUAAUUGGUACAGUUUUAAAACUUGUAUGAAUAAGACUUCAGUAGUGCUUUUGUCUCAAUAAAGCUCACUGUCCUGCUGUGGCAAAUGUUGUAUUUUAGUUA